AUGGAUGUUAGCCCAUUACUGAUUUCAAACAGAACAUCAAAAGUGUGCAUGUCUUAUCUCCUGAAGCUGAAGGAUUUUAACUUAAUCACAGAUGGAGAUAAUGAUCAUUGUUCUUCAAUUUCAUUUGGAAACUGGCUUCCUUUUUUUCAAUCACAGAAAAAAUAGAUUUAAACAGCUAUAUCAGCAGUGUGGGAGGGGGGCAUCAGGAUUUUAGAAAUGCUUAGGUGGGCCAAAAAAAGGUUAGGAACCACUGAUGAUCUAUCCUUUUCUAUUUAUAACAAUGUAACUAUAAUGUAUGCUGCCAUAUAGUGAAAAUAAUUUGGUCUCUUUCAACUUGAUAUUAUCUUUUAAGAUGUGUGACCACAUAAAAAUACUGUGGUAUAGUCUCAAGAUGUGUAUAACAAAAUUAUUAUAUAGCACUAGCAAUUUUAUAGUCAACACAGGAUUGACAUCUUCAUUGAGCCAUCUACUGUGACUCCAAGAUCCCUUUCCUGAUCAAUCAUUGUCAGUUUAUAUCCCAUUAAUAUAUUACAGGUUGUCCUUGACAGACAACUGCAAUUGUGACCAAAAUUUCCAUCGCUAAGCAAUGCAAUUAUAAAGUGCUACAUCACUUAGCAAUGGCAAUCUUUGCAGUUCCAGUUGCAUGAACAAUCCCAUCGAUCUGCAGAAUCCUUAAGUCAUUCUCAUAGUUUGGUCAAACUGAUUUCAAUUAGGUCAUAUAUUUUACAAAGAAACAUUGUUGCCUCAAACAUUUACUUUCCCUCCAGUUUUUACUACUAUACUGUUUUACAGAAAUUAAAUCUAUUAAUUUAUGAAUUAAAUAGCUUUAUUUAUUACUUACAUUCUCUUCAUUAUUUGGAAGAGAAUAACACAUUUGGACCAUCUGAAACAAGACCCCUCCACUUUUAAUUCUGAUGGGAUUGCAACACCCCAGAGAGACCCAGAAUGGAAUCUUGACAGUCCUCUUAGACUUGCAGCUCUUGCUUGAAGAGCAGGUGGCAGUUGGGGCUAGAAAGCCUUUGCAUACCUUUGGGUAGCGUGCCAUUUGCACCAAUUUUUGGAUUGGGAGGCCCUGCUUACAGUAUCUCAUGCCUUUAUAACCUCUUGUUUAAACUACUGUAAUGCACCCACAUGGGGUUGUCCCUGAAGAACUUUCAGAAACUUCAAAUGCUGCCAGAUAUACUGCACACAUAGCACCACUUCUCUGUAGCUGCAUUUGUUACUGGUGUGUUUCUGGGUACAAUUCAAGAUAAUGGUUGGUUAUCAUCUUUAAACUACUACAUGACUACUGCAUGUUACCUGAGAGAUUGCCUUUUUCCAAGAAUCUCUACCCAUCUAGUGAAAUGGGCAUAUUGCAGAUCCCAUCAGCUAAAGAGUGCCGGCUGGCAGGGGCUAGAAGAUGGGCUUUUUUUGCAUUGAUAUUUCCAUCAUCAAUAAAACUUAUUGUUCUGUUGCACAAAGUUCUGAUUAUUAGCCAUUUACCAGUUUUAACAAUAUGUACUGGCUUGAUUUUUUUUAAUGAAUUGUAUGAUUUUAAGUUACAUAAUUUAAGAAAGCAUUUGCCCCUAAUUUUUCCAAAAAAUGCUUUCUAUAAUUUGUUAUAAUUUUAUAGUUAUUAUAAAUUUUGUAUAAUUUGUUAAAUACUACAAGCAUCAACAUAACCCCAGAUUGCCUUGAUCUUUGUGACAUUCACACAUUUAAGCAGAGAAGUAAACUUGCAUGUGAAUUAUACCAAGAUCUUAAGGAAAUAAGCCUCCUGCUGAAGUUUUUGCCAACUCCAUUUUCUAAAUAUAAACAAUUGUAACAAACAAAUAUAAGUAAUAAGUAGGCAUUUGGAUUUUGUAGCAGAAUGAUCAUUUGGGCAGGUGUUUUUCUGCUAAAUCUAUGAAUAAGUAUAAUCAUUUUGUAGCUCUCAAAGAAUAAGGUAAUGUUUAUUUGAAUGUUCAUUUUUUAUUUUAAACUGAAGGAGCUGAACAAGAGCAUUUGACAAAGACAAAAGUUAAGGUCAUGGAAAGCUCUGGUUUAACUGGGUUUGUGGAGUUAGCUACCAUUAGUUGUUUUUACACAUUAAACCAAAAUAUCCAUAAUAGUUUACAAGCCACAACAGUUAAAUUCUAACACUGAAUGAACAAUAUUAUUUAAUACAACAUAUAACUGCAUCUUCAGUUCCGAAAAGGCCUUCUAGGAUAUGCUAAAGCAUCUCCCUCCUAAUGUAGUAGCUCUUUUGCUACAUUAUUAAUAUAAUGGCUUUCUUUGAAGAGAGAUGAUCUUUGAGGGACAUACUAUUAUCUUAAUAUGAGGAAAUGUGAAAUUGCUGAGGUAUUAACUAUGUAACUUGUUCCUAAAACUGUCUAGUUACUGAAAAAUGGCCUGGGAACACCAACACUAUUGUAGGCUACUUGAGUAAAUAAAUGAAAAUAAUUAUUGUUUCUUGUUCCAAAAGAAUUAUCAAGGACAAACCCAGGCAUAUACAACAAAGGUAACAUUUUUUUUUUCUGUUUGGAAGUUCACAUUUCACCUUUAAAUGAGGUACCAGGGAUAUGCCGACCUUGAGCAAAAUCUAAAUUUCAUUCCCUUUACCUUAAAACUAAAAUUCAAUACAUUUCAAAUUCCAGUCUACAGCACUAAUAUAUAUUUAAUAACCUUCUCCCUCAACAUCACAUUGGAGGUCUUUGAACACAUCAUUUUAAAAAAAAAUCCCCAGAGGCUGAAUGCAGCUUUGGGUGUGGCUAGUUUGACUGUCUCAUUCAUGGCCUAGGGAUGAGAUAAAUUAUACCUCAUGAUGAUGCAGAAAGUAAAUGUUUUCAAUCUGUGCCAUAUUUAGUUAAUGCAGAGACAUAAGCCUUUCUAAUUUUGACUGUAAUCCUUCAGAGCACGAACACACAUAAAAGAAAAAUAUACCGUGCUUUGCAACUCGUACUGAAAUUAUAUCCGUAUCUCUAAUCAGCUAUUUCUCAUAUAAAUGACUAGGCGGUUCUACAAUCUUAUUAGUCUAUACCCUUCGUCUCCGCCCCUAUUAUAGCUGCUGCUUCGUCAUGACAGCAGCCAUCACCAAUAGUGCAAGUGACAAAUCCCUUAUGCCUGAGGAUCCACUAACACUUCGCCAUCAACACCAGCUACAACUUCCCAGUGAUUAUUUUCUGCCAUUAUCCUUCCCAAAACCCUCCCCUUCCAGCCGCAGCUGCCAAACCCGUUUCUCCCGACGGCUCCUUUCGGCGUUUGGGAGCCGUAAAGCCAACCGAGCCCGCGUAUGCAGUGCGGUGGGCGGGCCUAAAUCCGCGUACAAGCGGGAGGACGGGAAGGAUGGAGAAGUGGGGGCGCUGCUAAUGCCCGCCCAUCUUCGGCCCACCAUGCCGCAGGGGAAAUGCAUGUUCCUAUUGGCUCUCUUUCGACAAAGGCGUGGCCUCUUCUUCCCUGCGCUUGUUUCCAAUUGGCGACGGCUCGUGUCAAUGACCAAAAAAACAACAACCAAACAACAAGUUACCCAACUCAGCAACACCUCCCUCAAAGAUUUGCAAGAGGCAGCGAGUCUGAGGAGCGGAGAAUCUGAGGAGGCGAGAGCGGGAGGGAGGGAGGCGCUGGUGGGAUUGUCGCGGGCGGACAACGAAAUCAGCAGCGGCGGCAGGAGGAGCAGCGGCGGCAGCCGUGACUGAAGCGCAUCGCGGAUCGGUACCAGGUCCGGUGAGUCGCUAUAAUCUGGGUACGGGGGCGUUGACUUGCUCCCGCCUGUCGGCCACCCUCCUGUCAUUGCACUCUCCCUCCAGCCUCGCCCCUUUGCUGUCAUCCUUUCCCCCUCCUCCACCCACUUCCCUUAACCGCCCCUUUUAAAUCCCACCCACACCCACCGCCCACCACCCUCGUACCGAGGCUGUCGCCCUUGAAGAUGCCGCCUACUUCUUUGAUGCGGCUCCCCCCCGCGCCUCACACACGCAUGCUCCCAUCUGCCAGCCGCGGCUGUUACUUUCCCCUCGCCUUGGUGCCUCGAACCCGCUUAGCGACCCCCCAGGUUCGCCUUCUUUUUCCACAAGGAUUUUCCUCAAGUCUUUGCUUCGGGGGGUUUCUCCCCACGGUUAUCACAGCCCAUCUUCCCGCCCCCUCCCAGCAAGAGUCCGCAACAUAGGAAUCUCUUUACAGACUUAGAACAUAAAUGUGCUGAAGCCUAUCAACCAUUACAGACUGGACAUCUGCAAAUAUUUUGGUCUUCUCUGGCCAUGUUGUACAAUUGGUGUUCCAUGAGAAAUUUGUCUUCAUGAAGAUUCCUAUUAUUGGUAAUGUGAUGAAUAAAUUUGAGAUCCUUGGGGUUGUAGGUGAAGGAGCUUAUGGUGUUGUGCUUAAGUGCAGACAUAAGGAGACACAUGAAAUUGUGGCCAUUAAAAAAUUCAAAGACAGUGAAGAAAAUGAAGAGGUCAAAGAAACAACUUUACGAGAACUUAAAAUGCUUCGUACUUUGAAGCAGGAAAAUAUUGUAGAACUAAAAGAAGCUUUUAGAAGAAGAGGAAAAUUGUAUUUGGUGUUUGAAUAUGUAGAGAAAAAUAUGCUUGAGUUGCUGGAAGAAAUGCCAAAUGGAGUCCCUCCUGAAAAAGUAAAAAGUUAUACCUACCAGCUGAUAAAAGCAAUUCAUUGGUGUCAUAAAAAUGAUAUUGUUCAUAGAGAUAUUAAGCCAGAAAAUCUCCUAAUAAGCCACAAUGAUAUUUUGAAAUUGUGUGACUUUGGUUUUGCACGGAAUUUAUCAGAAGGUAACAAUGCAAACUAUACAGAAUACGUUGCCACCAGAUGGUAUCGUUCUCCUGAACUCUUGCUAGGGGCCCCUUAUGGCAAGUCUGUAGAUAUGUGGUCAGUAGGCUGUAUUCUGGGGGAACUUAGUGAUGGGCAGCCAUUGUUUCCUGGUGAAAGUGAAAUUGAUCAACUUUUUACAAUUCAGAAGGUAUUAGGACCACUUCCUGCAGAACAAAUGAAGCUUUUCUACAGCAAUUCCCGUUUCCAUGGCCUACGGUUUCCUGCAGUCAACCAUCCGCAAUCAUUGGAAAGGAGAUACUUGGGAAUUUUAAGUGGUUUUUUACUUGACCUUAUGAAGAACUUGCUGAAACUGGAUCCAGCUGACCGAUACUUAACAGAACAGUGUCUGAACCAUCCAUCAUUUCAAACUCAGAGGAUGUUAGAUCGUUCACCUUCACGGUCAACUAAAAGAAAGCCUUACCAUGGAGAUAGCAACACUUUAACUAGCAGAAAUCAAUCUGGCAAAGGUACCGCUGUGCAGUCUCAUCACAGAUCAAACAGCAAAGAAUUACAGAAUGUGGGACUGCAAAGAGAAGAUGCCCUUUCAACAAAUGAAAGCUUUUUAAAUGGAAAUCUCCCUGUAACCUCUCACAGUCCAAUGCUGUCAAAAAAGACAAACAAUAUUCCUUCAUCUGGAAGUAAGGAUCUAGCUAAUAACAAUAUACCACAUCUUCUCAGUCCAAAAGAAGUAAAGACAAAAACUGAAUUUGAUUUUAAUUCCGAAGCCAAAACGUCAGAUGGUCCUGGUACUAAAUACCUGAAGUCAAAUUCCAGAUCACAGCAUAAUCGUCAUUCAUUUAUGGAGGGUUCACAGAACAAAACUGGCACACUACAACUGGGUGAAAGGCAUAGCCGUCACAGUUAUAUUGAUACUAUUCCACAAUCUUCAAAGAGCCCCUCAUAUCGCACCAAAUCAAAAAGUCAUGGAGCUCUGACUGAUUCCAAAUCUGUGGGUAAUUUGUCUGAAGCCAGAAUUCAAGUUUCAGAAUCAAAUAGCAGUAGGUAUUUUCCAUCCAGCUGUUUGGACUUAAACUCUCCUACUACACCAACACCUCCUCGUCAUGCUGACAGUAGAACUUUGCUCAGUCCUUCUGGGAGAAAUAACAGAAGUGAUGGUACACUGGAAUCACGAAGACCAUCUACAAGACAUUCCAAAACAAUGGAGGAAUUAAAAUUGCCAGAUCACAUGGAUGGAAACCAGUUACAUUCUGCAUCUGCUGCUCAUGAGUCUUUUUCUUAUGGUUUAGGCUACACGAGUCCUUUUUCUUCACAGCAGCGCCCUCAUAGACAUUCUAUGUAUGUGAGCCGGGACAGAGUGAGGACAAAGGGCUCAGAGGGUGGCUUAAGCGUAGGGCAAGGGAUGGCAGCCAGAGCAAACAGCCUGCAACUGUUAUCUCCACAGGUGCAGCAUAAAUCUCUUACAAGAUCUGUUGGCUCUUCACGUGAAGAUUGUACAGAAGAUUCCAAUAGGGGUGGAACAUAUCGUGAUCAACACCCAGAUGAUGGAGCCUCCACAAAAGAAAAUAGACUUCUGUAUAAUGAUUCUGUACCUCGAAGAGUUGGUAGUUUUUACAGAGUCCCAUCUCCACGCCCAGAAGGAACAUUUCUAGACAAUAGUGCCUCAAACAGAAUACCUGCAUUGCCUGCAGAAAGCAGUAAUGUAACAAGCCAUUCAAAGAGACAAACUGCUUUUGAUUCCUGGAAAAGUCCUGAAGAUACUCAUUCUGAACAACUAAAAGAAAAAGAAAAACAAAGUUUUUUCAGGGCAAUAAAAAAGAAAAAGAAGAAAUCUCAGUCAAUGCCUGGAAGCGAAAGUCAGGAUCUUUUGGCAAUACAAAAAGCUAUUCACACAUCUAAUCAUCCAGCCAGCAGGCAGAAGGACUGGCAUUCUGAAAAGAUGACAGAAAUCCAAGGACAUAGUCAGCCUCUAAAAUCUUUACGCAAGCUGUUACAUCUUUCUUCCACCUCCUCAAACCAUUCAGUUCCUUCUGAAGCCCGAUUCCAGCCUUUACCAAAUCAGCCAGCUAAAACCUCUUUUUCUGAAGUUCGAAUUCAUCCUAUGAGUCAAGCUUCCACUACCAGCAGCAACAACCUACGCCAAGAAUCUCAAUCAAAAGGCAGAGCAGCCCUCCAGAUCCCAAGCCAGAUGGAACCAAGCUGGCAUGUUUCCCCAGGGAACAGAAGUGCCAGUGAGACAUCAUCAUAUUCAGAUCAGAUAGCUUCGAAAAGUGGGCAAAAUGGGCAUACGUAUAAUCGAACAAACCGAUCUCGAAUGCCAAAUCUGAAUGAUUUAAAGGAGACAGCUUUGUAAUUGUAUCCAAGAAAGUGAUAUUACAGGGGUUGACUGAGGGAUAUGGUGAUGCCAGUGAUUGGAGUAAUGAUUGUAUUGCAGCUUUACAAAAGAGUGUGCAAUAUGGAGUAUGUAAAGCUACUACUACCACAUCAUUAGGGAUUGUAUAUCCAAAUGAACUUUAUAAAUUGCCAUUCACACAUUAUAAUAGCAAAAGAAUGUGCAAUUCAGGGAGAACAAACUAUUUGCCCUUUUCUCUCAGCUUACAUUCCAGCUUAAUAUGCACAUUUGUCUGAAAACUAUUUCGGCACUUUGGGGAAUUAAAAAAAAUAUUUAGAUGUAUGCCCUUUUAAAAAAUAUUGCUGCCUAAAUUUUAAAAAAAACCUAAAUAGGGUUUAUGUGAUCUAUUUGUAUCUUUAGUAUGGUUUAAAGUUUUAGGGUUUUUUUUGUUUUUAAAACUUCCAUAUUUGAUAAGAUUUGUAAUAUUUAUUAUCUAAUACCUUAUUGUUAUAUCACAUUUUAUGUUAUAACAUUAUUUGGAGCUGUAUGAAAAAUUAUAAUGAAGUGAAAACAGCUAUAAUAGUUUCUACAAAAAUAACAUUUAUUACAUCAGGAAUAUUUUAUUAUAAAUAUAUAUGUAUGUGCGCGUAUGUGUAUGUGACUCUAUAUAUAUUUAUAUAAUAAAUAAUUGGUUUUUUUAAGAUAUUCACUUUAAAUAUCGUUAUGACACUAUCUGCCAUAUUUUUAUACAUUUGUGAUAUUAAGUGCAGUAUUAUACUUAACAAUAAAUAGGAACUAAAUAUGUAUUGAAGUAUAACAAUAUGAUUUUUACUCCCACCCUAGAUGCAGUGAUAUGGGCUAUAUCCACUGCUGAUCUUCUGCUGAUGAGAGGUUCAUGAUCCAAUAAAAGGAAUCAAGUGUGCUAUGUUGCUUCUCCUUGUGGCUCUCAUCCCCGCCCUUUUCUGCUAAUAAAAGCUUUUAAGAACUCAAAGAACCUUCUGUCAGUUGAACAACAACACUGAAUACAUCCCAUUAUAAUGCCACAAGUAAAACAAUUGUUUUAAGAUUUGCUGUAGACAUUUUGAUUGGGGUAAUAGAUUAAAAGCUAAAAACAUAAAAUAUGAACAACAGUGUUGCUUCCCUUAAAUGUAUAUAUAGCUUUCCCAUUCGUAUCAACGUGAAAUAAACAUUUGCAUAAUGGAGGUAGACAUCUAGUGUGCUUGCAAUCUUCCAC